AUGGGUUAGCGCAGCUAUUAUAGUCAUUGAGGUCUCGUUUUAUUGGACGCCUGAGCUCUCAGCCGUAAACGCAAACUGACUUCCUCCGAUAUCCUAAGCAUCAGCCGUUCGGUGAGUAUGCACUAAUCUUCCGUUUAGAGCCAGGAGCUUAUUAUAAGUCCAAUCAGACUUAUGCUGCUUCGAACCAGCUGUGAUUAUUUUGGAAUCUCUCCCCUUUCUUGUUCAGACACUGAAAAAACGUCGUCAUAUUUUCGCGUUAGUAUCCAGUACAACUCCAAAAUUCCAUAAUCGGCCACGCUACACGAGAGUGCGAGAGCAAAACGAAGCGAAAAAAAAAGCUAUGGCUUCUGCAACCACACAUGCCCUCUUCCGACUCGCCCUUUUACAAAUCAUCCUCUCCAUCCUCACAACAGCAAAAACGACCAAUGGCCCCGAAGCCCCUGUCACAAUCAUCACCGAAGCCGCCCUCAAAACCGGCCGCGCCUGCGCCACCAACUGCGUCGAGAACCACGGCAACUACCCGUGCGGGCUAGCCGGCUACUACGCCCUAGGCCAGGAGCUGGGCUGCGGCUGCAACUCGGCCAACGGCUGCUUCUGUAAUGCCGGGUACGGCAGCUCCGCUACGUCAUACCUGUCUGAAUGCAUCAGUGAUGGCUGCGCCAAGUCGGUGGAUAAUUGGACGCUGGAUUUGAGCAGUAUGUUGGGGGUUUAUGAUGCGUAUUGUGCUACGGCAAAUGUGGGGACGGCGACUACGACGGGUGGGAUCGCGGGCAAAACAACGACUGCAGGGGCGUCCAGGACUGGGCAGGCAGAUGCCACGUCGACUUCGGAUCCGCAGGCUGAGGGAAGGGAUGGUGGCCUCAGCAAGUCCGAUAUCGUGGCUCUCGCUGCGAGUUUGGGGGUCGGAAUACCGAGUCUGCUUAUCGCUGCCAUCACAUUGUGGGUGCAGAUGAGGAAGAGGAGGAGGGCAAGCGAUGCACAGGCCCAAGCUCAAGCCCAGACACAGUCUCCGAAUCAAUCUCAGGAUGCCAUGGCGACGACACAGGUUUAUCAGACUGUUCCGCAGGGGUAUGAUGUGGUGUCGGCUACGCACUCCGAGUUGAGUGGGAAGGCUACACCAUCGGAGCUUUGGGGGAGUCAGCGGUAUUGAGGGACGUCCAUAUUCUGGGUGGAAUAUCGAUGGAAACGAGAAGGCAUCGCGGUGUUUACUUUACGUUGGGGACCUGCUCUUGGCGUGAGGCGCCGGGUUUGCUGACUAUGUCUGACUAAUUAUGAC